GAGCAGAUCGCGUCUUUGGCCAAUCAAAUCUAUGAAAGGUGGUUAGAUCAUGCGGAAGUGCAGCGCUAUUGGCUGCCUCUGUGUGCUGCAGCGAAUCAGACCUGUGUACAGAGACCAUCAGUGACUGAUCUCUGAUCUCUGAUCUGAUCUGAACAGUUCAUGUCACAGGAUCAAGCAUGGACCUGGUACUGAACUUGGCCGACUCUCAUUUCUUCACUCCGUAUGUGUACCCGACCUCCUGGCCUGAAGAUGAGCCUCUGCGACAGAUCAUUGGGCUGCUGGUGGUCACCAACCUCGGCGCUGCGAUUUUGUACCUCGGCCUGGGAACUUUAAGCUACUACUUCAUAUUUGACCACAAUUUCAUGAAACACCCUCAGUUUUUAGAGAACCAGGUGAGACGCGAAAUAAAGUAUGCUAUGACAUCUUUGCCUUGGAUCAGCAUUCCUACAGUCGCACUGUUUUUUGCUGAAGUACGAGGCUACAGCAAGCUUUAUGACGAUGUUAGUGAAUCUCCACUAGGUUGGACAGGACUGAUCUUUAGCAUGGUCUCCUUCCUCUUUUUUACCGAUAUGUGCAUCUACUGGAUUCACAGAUUCCUGCAUCACAAACUGAUCUAUAAGAAUUUCCAUAAACCUCACCACAUCUGGAAAGUCCCGACUCCGUUCGCCAGCCACGCUUUCCACCCUGUAGACGGCUUUCUUCAGGGUCUGCCCUACCACAUCUACCCUUUCCUCUUUCCCCUGCACAAGGUACUCUAUCUGGGUCUCUAUGUGUUUGUUAAUGUAUGGACCGUCUCAAUUCACGAUGGUGACUACCGGGUCCCACGGGUGAUGGAGAAAUUCAUCAACGGAGCUGCACAUCACACAGAUCACCACCUGUUCUUCGACUAUAACUACGGUCAGUAUUUCACGCUGUGGGAUCGCCUCGGAGGAUCGUACAAGCAUCCGUCAGCUCUGAUGGGGAAAGGGCCGCUUGACUGCAUCAAGAAGAGUUCAUUAGCGGGGCAUGCUAACGGAAAAGAAGAGUAACUCGCCACUGUUUACUGUUUAAGGCAUGUCUUCUUCGUCAAAGAAAUGUGCUGUUAAUCUUGAGCAGGGAUUCUCAAACAUUUUGCAAAAACAAAAAUCAGUUCAAACUAUCAGAACAUAUUUGUAUUGAAAUGUCAUUAGGUUUUAUUACAGUCCUUCAUUGCUGUUUCUACAGAUGCUUAUCUUUAUAAAACCAUACACUUCUAGGAACCCAAGGAUGUAUGCUAUUCAUUUUUUAGAAAGCUAAUCUUCACAGACCUUUUUUGGGGAUCCAGUUUUAAGAACCAAGGCUCCAUAUAAAUCCCCGAGCUUGAACACUAGAAUGCCUUUCAUCAGCCUUUCGUUAAUCUUUACUUUUUAAUAUUGACAAACAUAGGACACCAAGCAUCACCAAAUAAUAUAUUUCUUACUGUUGUCCUUCUCACAUGCAAAUAAUAUUUAUUGUGUGCUGCCUAAAAAUAGUCUUUACAUUUACAAUGGAGUUAUGAAGAUGCCUUAACAGUUAAGACACAUUUCUUACAAACCAUAUGUUUAGAAUAAUUCAUAACAAUGUAGAGAUAAAAUAAAUCCUUUGUCUCCACACCAUUUGUAUAUACUCUAUAUGGCCAAAAGUAUGCGGACACCUGUCCAUCACACACACACACACACACGUUUCUUCCUCAAACAGUCGCUAAGAUGACUUUGUGUACUGUAGCAUUACAGGUUCCCCAAAACUGUCCCAGCAGUACCGUGCCAUGAAGACAUGGUUUGCCAAGGUUAGUGUAGAAGAGCUUGAAUGUCCUGCACAACUCCACUGAACAUGUUUGGGAUGAACUGGAAGUUCAUUCUGCAGAAUCGAGUGCAAAGUAAAAUUGUCACUAAUUUUAAUAUUCACUUGCUGUUAAAGGUUGAGUGGUGGUGUGUUAAUAGGAAGAAAUUAGGCUGAGUUUUAGAGAAGUGUAAAUGAAAUGUGGAAAAGGGGAAUGUUAAAUUCAAUUAUACAUAUAAUAUGAGUGAAGAAAAGCUGAAAUGCCGAAGAGUUUGUUCAUGGUGGGGUGUGAUGUUGGGCAACAAUGUUCUCUUCCGUUACAUGACGUGUUACUACGGCCCAGUGCACGCGUAGUCUUUUGUUAUACACUGCCUCGGCUGAGCCUCGGAGGAGAAUUGUUUAAAUUUGACAUUUUUGCCUGAAUUAUAUAUUUCAGUAUCACUUUCUGACAGGUGACCGUUCUGAUGUUUGAGUAUUUCAACAUAUUCAGCUACAUUUCUUACUUUAUUGUGCAUGUGGAUUCCACAUGAAUGUUUUUAUCCUGUACAACAUGCAGCCUGCAGCUGAACAACCUCCUUGUUUUGAUUGAGAUCAAGUUCAAAUGUGUGUGAAUGACUGAGAGUAUGAUUUAAAAAUAUAUAUAUAUUUCCAAUAUAAAGCUUAUUUUCAUGGAUACUAUUGCUCUUGGUGUCAUUACUAAUUACUAUAGUAUUGCUAUAAUAUUUCUUUACAGAACUACCUGUAAAGGAGUCUCUGUGUUUUAUUUUUCUUCUUUUUUUUCAUUAUUUUUUUUUUUAUUUGAAAUUGUUAUUAUAAUGAACCUAAAAACACCUUUAAACAACACGAACAGCACCUUUAUAAUUAAUUAAUUAAUUAAUUAAAAUGUCCUAAUUAAAUGAAAAUAACUAACUAAACAAAUGGUCAAUACUAUUCCUAGAUUUCUGGCAUUCUAAAUCAGUGUUUGUUCUUCCAUAAAAUGAGCAGUAGAGGGCGCUGUGGAAUCAAGUAUUUAUUCCAGCUGUCUGAUUCUAGCAGCACGUUUUUCAAACCCACAUCUUUUUCUUUCACAGAGACCUUUCAGUUUUGAAUGCGUGUAUGUUUGCUCUUGUUAAUCGACCUCAAAAUAACAUGUUCAACAUGUCUAUUCCCUCCUGCUGCUUCUGAUUUAAGCAGCCUUUUUGGGUACCUUGUUAAUUAUAGAGCUUUGCUGAAAAUUACAUUCAUUUUUAAAUAUUGUACAUAUGUGCCUUAAGAGAUAAAUAAAGGCAUAAUCAGA